AUGUGCUUUCGCAAGAGUGCAAAUAGCGGCUAUCCCAAAAGCACCGCAUAUUCGAAAGAUUUCGUGGAUAUGAUAAUGGUGUGUGACAAGCCCUCUGAAUGGUUCGAUGCAUUUUUCGCAGUCGUGUUACAACAUGCAAAGACCACUAUUAUUAAAGAAAAUCAGAUGCCAAGAGCCUUUUGGAAAAAACAAAUGAAUGCUGAGUGGAACCGAGACUUUUGGGAUGAAAUUUUUCUGCGUUAUGCUGGAUACGCUGGCUACAAUAUCGAAUUUCACACCACCAAAACCCUUGAUCUUUCAUUUCUGGCAGUGAAAACUCCUCUUGAACUCCUCGAACCUUUUAUCAAUGUCACAACUUUAGACGUGCUUAAGAAAAACGCUAUUGCAAAACUCUGCGGAGGCGAAAAUGUAAAAGAAAAGAAACUUUUUGGAGGCAUUGAAGAAAUUAGCACAAUAGGUAACGACAUUGGUGGCAAUCUAUGCUUUACACAUUUUAUCUGUUUGAAGGACACUCCAAAUGUGGAAACCUUGAAACGUCUUUACGAUUGUGGUGCAGCUGGUAUCAAGAAACGGAACCAUCCUGGCUGCGAUCUCUUGUUGUCGGUGAAGCUUUCGAACGACAGUAAAUUCAAAGACGACAUUUCUUGGUGGUUAUCAACGAAGAAUAUCUUCAAGAAGACAAAUCUUGCAGACACACAACUUCCAAGGAUUGUUCUUUACUAG